CUAAUAAUACGUGGGUGGAUCUAGGCACAGCCCGAAACAGCGAGAGCUCCGGUCCCAACGAUCCUAGUUAGAUAUGGUUGGCAAGUCCCGUAUCAUCAUAGUGACCGGGUUCGGCCCAUUCGCUGGCCACGAAGAACGCAACGCUAGCUGGGAGGCCGUGAAGCUGCUUCCCGACUCGUACCAAUAUAAAAGUGUUCAGUAUCAAGUGAAAAAGAUGGAAAUACCUGUUACAUACGAAGCGGUCGAUGCCAUGGUGCCGAAGAUUUGGAGCGAAAAUCCGGCGCUGGUCAUCCACGUCGGUGUGCACGGUCGUAUCGAGACGAUUAAUCUGGAAAAGUGUUCCGACUCGUCGGGCUACUGUCGACCGGACUUUGCGAACAAGUGUUUACCCUCCGAUAAGAUAACGCUGAAAAGCGCUACCGGUGAGGGCAAAUGCGAAUUGCUGGAGACAAAUCUCGACGUGCACGCAAUUGCCGGUGAAUUGGAUGCGGUCAAGUGCUGCUGCUCGCAGGAAGUAGGCAGCUACCUGUGCGGAUAUAUUUACCUCAAAUCGUUGGACGUCGAUCGGGACCGGUCGCUGUUUAUUCACGUGCCGGACAUCGGCAAGCCGUACAGUUCCGCACAGACGACGGAUGCCAUCCACCAGGUGAUGGACCGAUGCAUCCGGCAGCUGGACUCGAAAGGCAUGCUUUAGAAACGACUAGGACGUUGUUCGGAUGGAAUUGAACGAAUUUUAACCAUUUUGAAUUAUCAUUUGAUAUUUUAUUGA